UAAGACUAGACCAUUAAAUCACUGCUCACGAUGAAUUCCAGUACGACUGUGUUAUUGGAAACGGUCAAUUUCGCGGCAGAAAAGCACCGCAGUCAACGGCGUAAAGAUGUAGAAGGAACCCCUUAUAUCAACCAUCCCAUAGGAGUUGCAAGAAUCCUCAGUCAUGAAGGUGGCAUUGUUGACAUUGAGGUGUUGCAAGCAGCUCUUCUCCAUGAUACUGUUGAGGACACAGACACCAGCAUAGCAGAACUAGAGUUAACCUUUGGACCAACCGUGGCGCGCAUUGUCCAAGAAGUGACCGAUGACAAGACCCUCCCCAAACAGGAGAGGAAACGUCUCCAAGUAGAGCACGCACCCCACUGCAGUCAACAGGCCAAACUGGUCAAACUGGCUGACAAACUUUACAACUUGAGGGACCUUAAUCGCUGCACACCUACAGGUUGGACUGCAGAGCGAGUCCAGGAAUACUUUGUCUGGGGCUCUCUGGUGAUAAGAGGACUAAAAGGCACCCAUCCAGCCCUUGAAGAGAAGCUUGAAGCGCUGUUUAAGCAGAGGGGAAUUCAGCUUUGAAAAAUAUCCCUACUUGAACAUUUCUGCAAAAAUAAUGCUGUCCGCACUCUUCUUCAUGAAGUAAUAUCAAAAGAAUAAACCUUCCAACCAUAUAUAUGUAAUUAUUUUGUGGAAUACAAUUAUUUCUUGUUUCACAUUAAACACGGUGUAAAUAAGAAUGAUAAAAUCCAUAAUGAGAACUGUAUACACGCACUGAAACAAAAGAUUAAACUUUUAAACAAUAUAUAUGCAAUUAUAUUGUGGAAUUAAAUAAUCUCUUGUUUCACAUCAAACACGGUGUAAAUACAAAUGAUGCCACCAUAAUAAAGGCUUUAUACAAACUCUGAA